GCAGAGUAGAUCAGGAAUCUUGAAGCCCACGACAAGACUCAAACAUCUGUUCAACCAUAAACCAUGAAACAUCGAGAAAAUGACAUUUUCUUCUUGGCUUAUCGCAGAUUCUGCCAUGUUUAGUUGGAAAAUGUGGGCAGACUGCCAAAGGGUAAGUUGACCGGUUUCCGGUUAUGUGACGUUUUGUGUCACGCAUUCCUAAACCGGAAGUCAAGAGAUUCGUCAUUCAUGACAAAAAUCCAAGCACAAAGCCACAGUCAACUCGGCAAGACUCCAAAUAACAUCUUGAACAAAAACCCAGCUUGUUUACUCGGUUGAACUCCAAAAACCUGAAUUUUAUCCAACUGAGAACAUGCUAGAACCAUGUGGUGGGGCAAAAUGGCGUUGAAAAUCCAAAGAAAACAGUUCAAAUUAUCUUCUUCCAUGUUGUUCAAAUUUAUCUUGUUGAGUUUGCUGUUUUGCUGUUUGAAGGAAUCAACUGCUUCACGACCCGGUUGUAAUGUUGCCCUCGGAAUGCAGAAUGGAAAAAUUCAGGACUGGCAAUUAAGUGCUUCUUCCAAAGAUCUUGGAUAUGGACCAACAAGGGGACGGUUGAAUGGAAAUGGAGCUUGGUGUAGCCAAACUGAAAAACCAUGGACAGACUAUUUCCAGAUAAUACUGGACAAAGUACRGCAUGUGUCUGGGCUGGCUACACAAGGUUAUUCAACAUUUAUUUUGGGUUCCUAUUGGGUAAAAACAUAUGCCGUGAAGUACAGUUAUGAUGGCUGGACCUGGUAUUGGUAUAAAGAUCAACCUUUGGCUUCUAYRAAGGAAUUUGAUGCCAACACAGAUGGAACCACAGUAAAGGAAAUAAGCUUUCAUGAGACAUUUGUCACAAAGUAUCUGAGAAUAUAUCCAAUCACAUUUGAAAAUGACAUGUGCCUGCGAGUUGAGAUAUAUGGUUGCCCUAAUGAUAAAGAUACAUGUACCCAGACAAUAGACCAGCCCACAGGAAUCAUCACCUCACCAAACUACCCCUCCCCGUACCCCAGGGGAGUAGAUUGUACCUGGAUAAUCACUCUGCCAGACACAUCCAAGCAAGUUGGAUUAUUCUUUAAAAAUUUUGACGUCAACGAUGGUGCGUCUUGGUUGUGCUUUGGUGGUGAUUACUUUGAUGCUCUAGAUGGGCCCACUGAUGUAUCAUCCUCUAUUGGUCACUACUGUAAUGGCGAAGAUAUCCAGGUUGUCAAGGCAACGGGAAACAAGCUACGCGUUCAUUUUCAUUCAGAGUCUGGUACUCAUCCAAGGAAAGGAUUUGAGGCCCAGUUUGUUUCAUUCAUCAAAGGGGUCGAUGAUAUUCAGCUUGGUGAAGCCUGCAAUGGAUCAACGUUACGUCUUGACUGCGGUUCAUCCCCAUCCAAGUCCAUCAAGAUACUGCAUGCUUGGUAUGGUACGGCUCCCUUUUCCAGUCACUGCGGUAGUGUACCUACCAACACCACCUGCCAAGCGUCUGGUGCGCUGAACACUGUUACAUCUCUGUGUGAACACUACGAAUCCUKCCAAAUUGAUGUAUCUAGUCGUCAGUUUGAGCUAUCCUGUGGAUCUGGUCUUGUACCUCGGUUGACUGUUUAUUACCAGUGCACUGGAACAGUCAUUAAAACACUACCACCUACACCAAGCACCACUACRUCAGCACCUAGUACGUCAUCCCCUCCCUCCUCUACUAACAUAUCCCCUUCGCCUAAAACAGACACCAUUACCACGAUAACACAACAAUUUACAUCACUUCCACCGAC